UUCAUUCAGUUUUCGGCGCAGAGCGGUUCGCUCACGCCCCACGCGCCCAAGCCCAACCCACCGCCGUCCUCCCUCACAAUCCCCCCGUUCCCAACCCAAAACACUCGUUUCAUCCGCGGCGAUUCCCCAUCUCCUCCGCGUGCCGCCGGGGAGCGCUCGAUUCCGGCCGUCGUGGGGCCUGCUUGAUCUUCCGCAUAGCACAUAUAUGAGCCAGUUAGCUGGUGCUUGCAUCACGAAAUGAUCCUUAAUCAGUUGCACAGAAGAGAAUCAACUUAGCUAAGGUGGAAUUACUAUUUCUGCGAGGAAAGUUCCAGUGUUUUUUUCUGUUCUACAAACAGCAUAAAAUUUCCACCUCAGUCAGAUAGUCACCCAACUAAAUUGAGAUAUUAUGGAUUACAACGAAGCUUGCAAGGGAUCAUUCGAAUCUGAAAGUUGUGAGAUUGGCAAGAUUGGAGUGGCAAAAAUUGAACAUUAUGAAUCUGAACUAGAAGAAGGUGAGAUCAGAGAGGCAGAUGAGGCAUCCGGAUUAGAAAGCCCUAUCCAGAAUGGCACAGCUGCAAAUGCUGAACAGCAGCAGGUCCGUAUAAGGCAAUCAGCUUCACCGCAAAGAGCUUCUCAUAAUGUAGAGACUGCAGGUAUUGUGGUUUUGCAACACAGAGUGAUCCACGAACACAUGCCUCCAAGCAUUGUACGCUCAUUUGUGCAAGAUACGAUUGAAAAGGAGCAGGCCCUUAUGAGGCCAUCAACUUCACCUGAAAGAGCUUCCUGUGAAGGCAGGACUGCAGGUAUUAAUUUUGUGCAGCAGUGUAAGUGUAGUGCAAUCCGCGAGAACAUGGCUGCAAGUCUUAAAGAGUCAAGCACAUCUUCUCAAGUGGUGGUUGAAGAGGAGUCAUCAACUUCAGCUGAAAGAGGUUCUCGCCUUGGAGGGACUGCAUGUACUGCUGUUGUGCAACAAUCUAAGUAUGCUGCAUCUGAGGGCCGAUAUGUUAAUGUGAGUCAGUCAACUUUGCAUAGAAAAUGUGGGAACCACCGUCGAAGCUAUUCACCAUCUAUCUAUAGUAGUUCAAAAGAAAGGCAUAAGAAAAGGAAGGAAGGAUGUUUUAGAUACUAUGAUUCCCAUUGGGUCACGAAAAUGAUUGAGGAAGUUUGUUCAGAAAGGUCCAAAACACUACUGUCACGGCAGACUGUAGAUCGGAAGAAAUUCAACAAUGAGCAAAAAAAGAAGAAGAUAGAAUUCUUCCAAAAACAUGUGAAUUCUUAUAAAUUCCAUCAUGCACAUGUUGCACCAACUAUAAGAUAUUGCAGGAUGAUGUUGCCUAAGCUACAUUCCAGCAUGUUGCACUACAGAUUUCAUCGACAUAUGAUAUCUCAGCUGAUAAAAUUUUAUAAACAGCUUAUAUGUGACAGGGACAAAGAGAACAGAAUAAAAGAGCGCUGGAUAUUUGAGGCCAAAGCUGGCUACCUUAAGAAAUGGUUUUAUGUGACUAACUUGUCAUAUUCUAAAUUCAAGCCAGAGGAACUAGAAAGCUGUAUGGUUGACUAUUCAGAUGGUGAACAGCAUCUAAAAUAUUUUGACAUGCAAUCUAUAACCACUCAAAUUGAAGCAAUUGCCUCUAAUAAAGAACCUAGAGGCACCUUUGCAACUGAUAUUACUGUGCCCAAUCUAGAAAAUUCACCAUCAUCGCUUGAAACAAAUGAACAUACAAAGCUCGGGUUUUCAGUUGGUACAGCAGAAGAAAUGGCCACCUUAGAAAGCAGGACUUCACAGUACACCUGUGCUCCCUCCAUGGAGUUUUGUCAUGAAAAUCAGACACAAACUACCUUCCCGGCAGCAGAUAAAAACGAGGGAGGAGAUGUGGAGAAACCCUCUGCUUGCCAGCUUGACGUGAGUGCAGCACUAGAACCUGCUGAGACACUGACAACAGGUAAGGCAAGUGAUGAUUGUGAGCCUAUUCUAGAACACUCGCAAUUGCUGCUUGUAACGAAUGAAGCUACAAAGCCUGGGUUUUCAGUUGGUGUAUCAAAAGAAAUGGCUACCUUAGAAAGCAGCUCCUUGCAGGUAACCAGUGUGUCAGGAAUGGAGUUUCGUGAAAAAGAUGGGACCCAAAUUAUCUUCUCAGCAGCUGACAGCAAUGAGGAGCGAAACACGGAGAGCCCCUGUGCUUCUCGGUUUGUCACGAGUUCAGCAUCAGGACUUGCUAUUGCAGUGAGCGCUGAUACAGAAAAUGCUGCCCCGAUUUCUAGAGAAAAACGAAGGUACAUGUGUUCUAGCAAUGAUAUUUCAGAAGGUCCAUGUAGGUCAGGGAGAAAGUUAGGUGAAAAAGAUGGGACACACAUCUCCUUCUCACCAGCAACACAAAUUGCCUUCUCAAUAGCAGCACAAAACGAGGGGGAAACCAUGGAGAGCCCCUGUGGUUCUCAGUCUGUCAUGAGUCUAGCAUCAGAACCUACUAUUGCAGCGAGCAAUGGUACAGAAAAUGCUGCCUCGAUUUAUAGAGAAAAACGAAGGCGCAUCGGUUCAGGCAAUGAUGAUAUUUCAGAAGGUUCAUGUUGCAGGCCAGGGAGAAAGUCUGGUGAAAAAGAUGGGACACAAAUCACCUUAUCACUAGCAACACAAAAUGAGGGGGGAGACAUGGAGAGAUGUUGUGCUUCUCAUUCUGACGCAGAUACGGCACUAAAACUUGUGAUGACAGUGAACACUGAUUCACAAAAUGCUCCAUCUGGUUCUAAUGAAAAGCAAAAGCACAUAAAUUCAGGCAAUAAUAUUUCAGAAGGUUCAUGUUCUAGGUCCGAGAUAAUGCCUACCUCGAACCUUUUCAGAACAACAUUGCCUCAAGAGGAACCUCCAGCUGCAAGAUCACCUCCACCUUCAAGUGAUAAUAGACAAGUGGUUCAAGCCGAGGAUAUAAGCGGCGAGGAAGUACCUAGUAGUCAAGUACCUUCCUUUGCCCAAGUUACCGAGCAGCCAAACAUGCACUUCAAUACCCAAAGUGUGAUAAACCAUCACCAUUUCGGUUCAACUUGCCAGUUUGCUAGUCCUCCAUAUCAACCACCUUGUAGGGAUACGCAUUCAGCAAGAAUUGAGGCUGACAGUGUUGGGGCAUCACAUGUUCAUCCAACGUCAGCCAAUCAGGUGCCAACAGGCUCCACUCCUGGGCUUCGUCUGGCUGAAGAUGUGUUUGAUUCAAAUCACAGUCCUGGGGCAUCACAUGUUCAUCCAGCUUCAGCCAAUCAGGUGCCAACAGGCUCCCCUCCUGGGCCAUCUUUGGCUGAAGAUGGGCUUGACUUGAAUCUAUUUACCAUUGAGUUGAGUCGAUUACAAAAGUUGGCUGAUCUGAUGACAAAGAGGCAUCAAGAGAAGAUAGAACGGCUUAAUUUGGCACGUGAAAUAGAGUUGGCUCAAGCUAAAAGGAAGUAUGACGAGCUGGAAUAUAAUUUAGAGGUAGAAACAUUACAGCGAAAGAGAGAACUUAAGAUAAAAGCUGAUAAAAUUUACAAACAGCAGAUAUUGGCUGAGGUAUUACAGGUUAUAUUUAAGGCUUCUGCUAGAGUUGUUCCAGACAGUCCUAGAGGUGCUGCCCAGGAAACCAUGGCAGGGCCUAGUCGGUCGGCAGACCAGCGCAGUUUCCACAUUCAUGCACCUGUUUCAGCCCCCGAAACAUCAACAGGCGCCUCCCUCAGACAGCGUCCUGCGAUCGCGCAACGCACUGCUAUGGACUCGAUGAAUCAUCCAAGUGUUGGCAUGGGUAAUAGACCAGCAUAACGGGAAGUGCCUCCCGGCCGUGGGGCUGCGAGCCUGGAGAAAUAGUGCAGCGGAUGCUGCUCUUUGAAAAAAUCAUGCUGCCUGUAAGCCUACCGUUGGAGUUGUGUUGUGUGUACAUUUGGAAUUCAGAGCUUCCAUCUGAGCGUUGCUUAAAUGAGAAGUAGACCCGAGAUUCGUUCAGUUGGUAUAGCGCUAUCUGACUACUAGAUGGUAGCAAUUCAUGUCUGUUGAUGUUAAAAUCUGCGUUUUGAAAACCUGGUUGGAUUUA